AAAAAGCAAAAGUCCAACCAAAAUUCAGUGGAUAGUAAGAAGAGGAAGCCCAACGAAGGUUCUAGAACAAACGAGUUCUAAAAUGCAAAGUCCCGCUCCGAGAUUUCAACAUAAGUCGAAAAUAAUCGAUUUCAUCACAGCUAAUGAGUCAAAAUGAGUCAUAAUUACUAAGCUAUGCUGGCAUUAGGACAGGAUGAGAUCAUGGAAAAUUCGUUGAAUUCAAAACGCAAAAGAUGGCAUCAUUAAAACGACUCAUUGACAAUUGUCGUUCACUGUCGCCGAUUUUUGUUUUGUUUUCUGCUUCGCUCAACAGUUUACGAGCGGCAAUGUUUAUAAACAAUUGACUCAGAUAGUGUUUGUGAGUGAAUUGUUUUUUUGUUUGGGCUUCAUAUAGGCAAGCUCGGUAUAAGAAAUCGGUGAUUGUUUAUUCUGCAUUGUUUUCUGUCAAGCAGACGCUAUAUUUUCGUUGACACAAAUAAAAAUCGAACCAUUUUUUCAUUGCAUUUCAUUCUUUCCCGUCUCAUUUCAAAUCCAACGCUGAAUUCCGGUAAACAUCGCCCCGUGCAUACGUUGUUUAUUAACAUGUCAUUGUGUGGCCGUCAGCAGAAUCAAGUGCAAUAUGUCAACACACAGCAACGUAUUCAAUGCGUUGAAUAGUAUUUAGUGAAUACUAUACACAUGUACACUGUCACGUGCUACGCGACGUACACCGUUAAAAACUAUGCUUUAAACGUCACAAUAAUCACUCGUUGUGUUUAUGAUUAUGAACCGAAUAGAGAGCAAGAGCAACGAAUCAAAUAUAUUACACAUAUUACCUAAUUCAGUGGAUGGUGUUGUGACCGAAAAACAGCUUGGCCGAAAUGUCGCUGCAAGACGUCCGUUAUUCGAAUUAUUUUGUGGCUGGUGUGGCUGCGAUGGGAUCCACGAUUUUUACAAAUCCACUGGAAGUGAUAAAAACACGUCUACAACUUCAAGGUGAACUCAAGAAGCUCGAUCCAAAUGCUCGGAUUUAUCGUGGUGUACUGCAUGGAUUGUACCAGAUUGGUCGAUAUGAUGGCAUCAAAGCAUUACAGAAAGGCCUGAUUCCAGCGUUCGGAUUUCAAUUUUGCCUCAAUUCGAUACGUUUAGGCAUUUUCGACACGGUCACAACGUUUGGUUGGACAAAGGAUAAAAAUGGUCAUAUGUCAUUUUGGCGCGGCUAUUUCUGGGGCGGCCUUUCCGGAUCGAUAGGUUCAUGUUGGGGUUCACCGUUUUUCUUGGUAAAAACCCACAUGCAAUCAUAUGCGGAUGUGAAGGUGGCCGUUGGCUUCCAACGCAAUCAUGAGGGAAUGAUGGCUGCAUUCAAGAAAAUCUACAAAAUUCGUGGCAUUCGUGGCUUAUAUCGUGGCGUCAUUGGUAAUAUUCCCCGAGCAGCUCUGGGUAGUGGUGCCCAACUGGCUACAUUCGAACCGUUGAAAGAUUAUAUGGCACGAAAUGAUUUAAGUUUCUCCAAUAAAACGUUCAAUUCAUUCGUGUGUUCAACGAUUGCCGGGUCGACAAUGGCCGUUGCCAUCACGCCACCAGACACAAUUCUAACGAGACUCUAUAAUCAACCGCUGGACGAGGCUGGCAAAGGGAAAUACUACAGCGGUGUUUACGAUUGCUUCGUGAAAAUUGUCAAAACGGAAGGCUUCUCUGGAUUGUACAAAGGAUUUUGGCCAUCAUAUAUGCGGAUCGCACCACAUUCCACACUAGUAUUGCUCUUUUACGAUGAAGCCAAAGCGAUGCGAGACAAUUACUUCCCACUGGAAUAGCAAAAACAAUUUUUUUCCUACUAAAUUGUAAAUAGGUGAUUGAGUACAAAUAUCAAACAACUCUUUUUGGGUUGGACACCCAAAGAAGACACUCAACGAAGAAAAAAACAAAAUGUAAAUAAUAAAAUUCAAAUGUAAAAAAAUAAAAAUUGAAAUAAAAACCGAAAUCGAA